CCCGAGUGCAAUAAGCUCUGUCUUGGUACGUGAGGAGGGUGGUGCUCAGAGACUUGUUUACUAUGUCAGCAAAACCUUGAGGGAUGCUGAGCUACGGUACACUGCCAUAGAGAAAAAUUGUUUUGUCAGUGGUGUGGACAGUCAAACGACUAACACAAUACUUCCAAGCUCACCCCGUCCAUAUUUUGUCACACCAACCUCUAGGCGCGUUGAUGAGGAGUCCCACAGCAUCAUCAAGGAUGGUCAAAUGGGCAGUAUACCUUAGUCAAUUCCACAUAGAAGUGAGGCCACACCCUUUAGUCAAAGGGCAAGCUCUUGCGGAUUUCAUAGUGGAAUGCACAACACGUGAAGAAGCGACAAAGACGAGGCAUGAAGACCAUGAUUCCGAGUGGUGGAUAUUGUCCACGGACGGCUCCUCCGCAGCCAAAUCUUGUGGCGGAGGAGUGGUCCUCACCACGCCCGAAGGCUUUAGGGCCUACUAUGCUAUCUGGUUCAAUUUUAAAGUAUCUAAUAAUGAAGCGGAAUAUGAAACUUUGUUAUGUGGUUUGCGCUUAGCGGCGAACAUGCGGGCGGAGAAGGUUAAGAUCCGAUGGGAUUCAAAGCUAGUUGUGGGACAAAUCACAGGCGAAUUUGAGGCAAAGGAGGAACGCAUGAGGCAGUACUGCAAUGCUGCAUUGGAACUCUUAAAAUUGUUCAUAGCUUAUGAGAUUGAACAAAUUUCGAGGGGACAGAACGUUGAGGCCGACAUGCUGUCCAAACUCAGUGCAGAGACCCCUGAGGCCGACAGAACGUUUAUAUAAGGGCUUAUUUGACCUUUUUAUGUAAGUUCGAAGGCCUAUCUGACCCUUUCCCCUUGUUUAUACAAAGAUCAUCUAAAUUAAUCUUAGAGUUGUUAGCAAUUGUGAAUUCAUUCUUAAACACUCAUCAUGCUCAAGCGUUCAACCAUGACUUUGCUCAGUAAUACUUGAUAUUUCUUUUAAUUACUUACUUAUGUAGCUGGUGUAACUUCUGUCAACAACCCCGAGAACCAUCUUCAACGGUUUGCAUAUCAUCAGCCUAUAAAUGCUAGAUCCAUCCACAAAAUUUCGAGGUAGAUGGAAUAUAAUAAAUUAUCAAGCCUCCCUUUUCUUCUCUCUUGACUCGAAUUCACCUUUGUCGGCUUACUACUCUCCGAUAUACCCUAUUUUCGGCGAGAUAUUUUUGGUUCUCCUACCGGCGUCCAACACCACAACUGCCUUAAAGGUAAAAGAAUGACGGUCUUCUUGAUAGAAUGUCGAUGAAGUAGCUGGACGCUUGAUGGUGGGCUUCAUCUGGCGAAAUAGGUAAUCUUGGACCGGAUGAGAUUCUUUUAGAUAGUAAGAGCAUAACCGGAAACCGGAAAUAAAUUAAUACAAAAAAUGUGUGGCUUUGAAUAAUAAAAACGUGGUUGUGGAUAGAAUUGAUCUAAAAGAUUUUGAUCCUCAUUGACUGCUUGCCAAGACAUCACUAAAAAAAGGCUCGCUUUAAUUUUUUUGCUACUAAAAAUUUACUUUAUUUUUAUUUUUUUUUCAUUUACUCAGCAGUCAGAACAAUUUGUUCUAUGAAAUUUAAAAAUUAUUUACCCACAUUUUAUACUCUCUCCGUCCAUGUUUUUUCUCCUCUUUUGACCCUACACAGAUAUUAAGAUAGUAAAUUUUGUGUGAUAGAGAAUUGUACAGAAGAGAGAAAAUAUGUAAGAAUUAUUGUGAACCACAAAUUACUUACCAAAGAGGGCAAGAGAAAUAAUUCUGAAACAGACAAAAAAGAAAAGUUUGAAGACAAUGUAAGGUAUCCUAGGGAGGAAAUAAUUCAGAAGGCUUAUUCAUUAAAACUGUGGUGGAAAUGGAAGAAUCAUACCUCUUUGUGGUCAUCCUUUCUUAAAGCAAGGUAUCCUAGGGAGGAAAUAAGAGCCAAGGUGUCUGACUCAUCAAUUUGGAGGAGAAUUUGUAACAUUGAUCCUGUGGCACAGGAGCUCUGCGUGGAAGAAAAUGACGGUCAGUUAAUUUGGACUCCUGCAAACGAUGGUAGAUUUAAUCUUUCUUCUGCGUAUAAUGAGAAGCUGGGAACAAAACAAUGGGUGAUCUUUUCAAACAUAAUUUACCAGGCGUGAUCUGCUGGUUUAUAUGGAAAGCUUAUUCAGCUCAUAUGUGGGGAUCUAACUCUAUUCCUUUAAAGGAGAAUCUGAUUGCCCAAAUUAAACACCAUACCCAGAUGUGGUCUGCGAGCUUCUCUAAGCUUAAAAGAAGAAAAAUUGAGCCAUACCUGUUAAGUGAAGGUUUGUUGACAAAGAAUUUCAGAUUUGGAAGACCUAUGUUUCAGAUUGUUCGAUGGAUUAGACCGAAGGGCAAAGAUAAACUUAAUGUUGAUGCUUCUUUCUUACCUGGGAAAUCUGCUGGAGGUGCGAUUUUCAGGGAUGACAAAGGCGAGCUAAGUUGGGCGGUUCACUUUCCGUUGCGAGCUCUGUCUAGCCAGGAUGCAGAAUGGCAAGCAUUAGUAUAUGCGACGAAGAUGGCGCUGGAGGCUGGUCACGUUGCUUUUCAGGUUGAUACCGAUUCCUCUUUAUCUUUGAUUAAGCUUUCAGACAAUGUUGGAGGAGAUAGAUCGAUGAUAGAGUUCAGGGAUAAGGUUGCCCGAAAUGGAAUCAUUUUUGGACAUACAAUUAGGGAGGGCAAUUGGACGGCCCAUGCCCUAUCUACUCUGGAUUUGGGCUGCCUUAAAAAGUUUCAAAAGGUGGAUGAGUUGCCUUACCCAGUCCGCAAGUUUUACUACUCAGAUUAUUUUGAUUUUCCUUAUUUUAGAAUUUAAAUUUUGUUUUCCAUAUGGGUAAGGUCUGGCCCCCCAUUGGAGGUUUUAUUGGUGAUAAUUUCCAGAGGUAUGCCUCUGUGAGAGGCUUUGGUUUGGUCCUCCUCUCUCUUGUAAUCCCUUAUUUUUAAUAAAAUAACGGCAACUGACUCCCGGCAUUUGCCCCACUGAUUUUGGUGGUUUGCCUUCCGG